AUGUCGUUUCAAUAUUCACUGCAACUGGCCAGGGAUGCUCUCACACUAGGCUCACGGCGUUUGCCACCACAUGAGUCGCUUUGCCUCCAAAUCCGCAUACGUGGACGUGUAUAUAUCCACGAUUCUGUGCAAGAACUUCCCGAAUACGCGCAGGCUUUUACUCUGUUGCAUGAGAUGCUACUGCACGAAGACUCGGCUCGGAUCUUCUUAUCUGAGUGUCUUUCAGUAAUGGGAAUCCCCAUCGAUGAUCACGAUCAGAUCAUACAUGCAAUCGUUUCUUUCUAUCUGGACAUGGGUGUAGAUCCAGCUUCUAGUACCUGUAGUGGUGGUGCAAUUCCCAUAGUUCUUGCAGAUAUUCUGAUCGAGACACAUGAUGAAACUCAAGCGGUGAAUAGAGCUAUUGAAGAAUCCAUGGGUUUAGAUAUGUUCAAGGCUGUGCCUGCCAUUAAAUCGUCCAUCGAGGGUCUGAAGAAGGUGAGACUUGAGGGUUCGGGUUGUAUGGAAGAAUUGGCUGGAGAGGAGCCAUUUGUGUCCACUGUGCCGCUUCCAGAUGCCGAUGGAUUUGGAUUCCUAUAG